UAAGUAUUUAAUAAAAAUUUUUUCAUUUUCUUAAUCUAUUUUUUUAAAAUUAAUACCAACGUAAAGUUGCGUCUGCGCUUUAAUAAUAUUUAGAUUUUAAAACUUCAUAUAUACAAUUGAUAUUUCGAAGGUUAAUGGCUUCAAAGUAAUUAAAGUGUUUUAAAAAAAUGUUACUUGAAACGUGGAAAUCAGCAGAUGAAAUUGUGAAAAAAGAAAUAAUAAACCAUGGCAUUUUUUGUAAAAAAGCAACUGAAAACGCUAGUUGUGAAGUUAUUAUUGAAAAUAUAGAUGCUAUCAAUGCAUCUAUAGAAGAUUUGAGCAAAAAAUUUAAUUCAAAAAUUUUAAAUGGCAAAAAUAAAAAGAGGUUAAUUAUAGGUGAAGGAAAUUGUGAAAUAGAUCGUCAAAUUGAACGAGCACUUCAAAUGAUGAUGAUUUCGGAAAAAAGUUUAAUUACAUUAAAUAUAUUGCUUGACGACAUUAAUUUAUAUGUUAUAUUUGAAAUAACAUUAAUUGAAAUUCAACCAUAUAAACCAAUUUGGGAAUGGACACCAGAAGAAAAAUAUAAUAUAGCCUUAAAAUAUAAAGAAACUGGUGUAUAUUUAUUUAAAGAACAAAGAUGGGUGGAUGCAUUUUAUAGAUUUAGUAGAGCUUGCAAAAUUCUUAUAACAUUAGAACCAAUACGAGAUUUAGAAUUAGAUAAAGAAUUAGAAAAUAAUAUUAAUAAUUUAAGAUUUGUAUUAUAUAAUAAUAUGGCUGGAUGUCAAUUAAAUCGUAAGAAUUAUGAAUAUACAAUAUCUUUAUGUAGUAAAGUUUUAUCCAAAGAAAGCAAUAAUGUUAAAGCAUUAUAUAGAAGAGGAGUUGCACAUGGAAGAUUGAAAGAUCUUGAAAAGGCUGUUUCUGAUUUAAAAAACGCUAUUAAUUUAGAACCAUAUAAUCAAACAAUAAAAGAACAAUAUUUACUAUAUAAUACAAAAUUGCAAGAGGCAAAUCAAAAAUUUGAAAAUAUGGUGAAGAGGAUGUUUAAAACUUAAAAUAAUAUUAUUAAAUUUAUUUACAAAGAAAAAUUUAAAAAAAAGUUAUUUCAUGGAUAAAAAAAUAAAUGUUUAUUUUUAUCUACAAUAAUUUACAUUAUGAAUCAUCUAUUAAGAUUACAACAAAAAAAUUUGUUACAAUAUGUAACUUUAUAUCCAAUAUAUAUCUGUAUUAUUAUUAAGUAAUUUUAUUACAGAAUUAUGUUUAAAGAUAUUGAUAUCUAUAUAUAUCUCAUAUUGUUAAAUUAAUUUUUGAAAACAGAUUUUAUUAUUAAUACUAUUAAUACUAUUUUACGUUAUAUUUAUAAAGCACAUUAAAAAAUAUAUUAAAUACUGAAUAAAAAAUAAAAUUAAAAGAAAAUUAUUUUUAUACAUUUUUUAUUUUAUAGUUUCUAAUUCAGUAUUUUUAUUUAAUUACUAUUAGAUUUAAUUAUAUAUAAUAUUGAAAAAUACAUGACGCAUUAAAAAAAUAAAUUGUUACACAGUUAUAAUUAUAAUAAGUUCUAGAAUUAAAUUGAUUUAAUACAUUAAAAUAUGAGGUAAUUAGAAUAAGUUUUCUAUUUUUUAAUAAAAUAUAAAAUAUAUUUUUAAUGUAACUAAUUUUAAAUGAAUGUACUGGCACUUUUAUUAUAAUGUAUUUUCAUUUUAAAAUAUACAAUUAAAUAAAAUAUUACUGAAUCUAUAAUUAUUUUAAUAAAUUAAAAUUAGAAUUAUGUAAAUAUUAUUUUUAAAUAUAAUAAUAAAAUAAUAAUAAUAAUAAUAAUAGGAUUUAUAAUGUAAAUAGAAUGUUAUAAGUAAACAUUUCAAUGUUUUAACAAUAAGUUGUGUUAUAUAUACUUAAUAUAUGAAUAAUGGUACAUAUAUUUAUAAAAUUCAUAAAAUUAUUAUUUUCCUGUCAAAAUAAAAGUGAUCACUAAUAAAUCAACAAAUAA